ACCAACAGGCCCAACUAAAACAUCGCCCAAAAGACUUUCCAAGAGUGUCGGAAAAAAUGAGGAAGGAAGCGGUGCUCAAGGAAGUUGUGGAUAAACUAUGGGAGAACCUGCAGAGAUUGACAGAAGAGAGGAAAGAAAACCAGGUGGGAUGGACAGAGGGGAACGGAGAGCCUGUUCGGGAGACCAAGCAGCAGAGAGAGAAAAAUCUGAAGGAGAUUCAGAAGAACGCAGACAUGGCCGUCUACUCUUUGAAAUGUGACCAAAAUGCAGAAAAACAAGACGCGAGCAAGAAAAACCAAACGACCAACCCUGCCAAACGCCGGAGAAAGGGAGAGAACUCCUCUCGUGUGACAACCCCAAAUGUCGCUCCCCUGGGCGGCCCCGGAGUACCUCCACCUGUCAAACGCCCAAAACAAGGACCUCCGACCCACCAGUCAUCGGCCGACCCCAUCGACCGGGAGAUCCAACCUCCCCCCAGCUCGGAGGUCCCACCUACCACCAAACUAGCGGUGUCUACCCUAUCUCCCCCCAGCUCGGAGGUCCCACCUACCCCCAAACUUACCAAGGCCACCUCAUUUCCCCCCGAGGUUCUAAAGGCUGAGCCAGGCAGGGAGAUCAAGCUCAAAGAUAAUUGCUGGUUUCUGUGCUUCGAGAACUUUCAGAUGGUGAGCAAGUCAGAACAGGAACAACUUAUCAAGCCCAACAUCUUGACGACAGCUGAGAACAAGUUUGCCUGCAAGUUUUGCGCCGACAGUGACGUAGAUGGAGGGACUACCAACAGAACUUUCUUCAACAGAGACAAAGACAUCAAACGACACAUCGCCACUCACCUGGAGGAUCAGUUCUAUGUGUGUUGUUUCUGUGACUCACAGAACAACUGUGUUACGGACUUGAGAAGACAUGCAACUGGACACACAGAUUACCGACUGUUUCACUGCCAGAGCUGUGACCAGAGUUUUAUUCAGCAAGUCUCCUACGACACUCACAUGAAGAACCACCAUGGCUGAACACAUAGAUAGAUAGAUAGAUAGAUAGAUAGAUAGAUAGAUAGAUAGAUAGAUAGAUAGAUAGAUAGAUAGAUA